CUGAUUGAUAAUAAACCGCCACCUGCUCCCUUGCAACAGCUCCAAACAACUUUUUAAUCAGGAGCAGUAGCAGACUCAUAAUCCACGAUACUACGGAGUAACCACUUCUUUGGAUCUAAAGUCGUCGCAUUCGAGAUCUUCACACAUCCACCACGAUAUCAUUGAUACUGGUUGUGCAACAGCAAUUAAGUACGCAGCAACACGCCUCGAUCUGAGCAUACCGUGUCAUAAAGCAUCAAAAUGUCGAACAUCAAGGAAAUGACGAGCAUCCCGGAAUGGGAGAACCAUAUCGAAACACUCCCGCCGUCGACACUUCUCAUCAUGUCCUUCCAUGCGCCUUGGGCCGCCCCCUGCGCCCAGAUGGCAACCGUCCUGUCCACGCUCGCCGCCGACUACCCUGUCACGGACCCUCCCCAAACGUCCUGGGUGUCGAUCAAUGCCGAAGAACUAAGCGACCUCAGCGAAGCCUAUAACGUUACUGCCGUUCCGUUCCUCGUCCUGAUCAGGAACGGCAAAGUCCUCGAAACCGUUAGCGGAAGCAGUGCGGUCAAGGUGCGCAACGCCAUCGAGACACAGGCCAAGAAAUCCGCCGGCUCGGCUGGCCCCACCAGUGCAAACGGUGUUGAGACGAGCGACGCGAACGCAGUUAGCAAGGCGGCGCCGGCGAAGACGGAGGAACCAGUAGACCCGGAAGAGGCAAAGGAAGAACUUUUUAAGCGGCUUGGGGAGCUGGUCAAGGCCGCGUCGGUGAUGCUGUUCAUGAAGGGAACCCCUAGCUCCCCGGAGUGCGGCUUCUCGCGACAGAUGGUGGGCAUUCUGCGGGAGCACUCGGUCAAGUACGGCUUCUUCAAUAUCUUGGCCGAUGACGAGGUACGGCAGGGUCUGAAGGAGUAUGCGGAGUGGCCCACAUACCCCCAGCUGUGGAUCGGGGGCGAGCUUGUUGGUGGGCUAGAUAUCGUCAAGGAGGAGCUGGAAAACGACCCUGAGUUCCUGGCACCUUACAGCGUCAAGUCGAAUGCCGACAACGUCGCAGAUUCAUAAGUCAAGUUGUGUAAAAAGAAAAAAAAAGGGGGCGGGGCGAUGGAGGCCCCGUUGACCACGCGCCCUUCUGAUGAGCGUCGCCUUGGGAGUUCAAGUCGGCCACAUAUAUAUGGCUCACUAACAACGGCGAGACAACCCACGGGUGGCGUUUGACCCGCGCCUGAGGCUACUACACCUCCCGUUCUUCAUGAUGCAUUGGCAUUGGGUCGUUGCGCAGGGUUCCCGAAAGACGAAAAUUCAUGGCUACGUUUCGAGCCCGACGUUUGGAGCCACACGAUACC